CAGGGGUAUAUUCAUGUAUAAUUAUCUAAGUUUUAUCCUUGAUGAGUAUAAAAAUCAUAUGAAUCAGGUGCUUUACAGUCACAAGAUCACAACCCAGUCAAACAUUCAGUAUCACAGUAUGGGAGAUUUUGGAAGUUACACAGCGUUCUUUGCCACUUUGGAAGAAUGACCCCCCCCCCCCCCAGUCGAGAAGCUGAAGCCUGGUACUGUGAUCACAAAAAUAAAAGUUUUUUUGACAGUUAAUUCUUAAAAACCUGCAAUAAAAAUUUUAAUAUAAUUAUAAUCCACCACAACAAAAUAGUAUAACCCACAGUGACAUGAAAAGAUUAUUUAAAUGUGAUUAAUCACAAUACUGCAUUCUAUAUCAAAUUAAAAAAACAAAACAAAAGCUGGUCUAAAAGAGCCUCAAUUGUUUAACAGGCGCUAUGAACAGAGGCAAGAGCACAUGCACAGAAUGAGACCAGAAAAGAAAAAGAAACUUGUGACGUAAAGAGGUUCGACUUCCUGUGAUACAACUGUUGAUAAACUAAACCUCAGUUCCAUCUCAUUCAGUCUCGGAGACAGCAACAGCACCAGGGCAGCCCCCAAGAGUGAUACUCAUCUCUAUGGAAACAUGAAGUGUCCACAGCUCCUGUUCGUGUGUUGGUGCUCCAGCAUCUUCGCAGUGACCAGCUGCUUCAGAGUUGAUGGAUAUUCAUGUAUCAGUACGUUCAAGGACACGAUUACCUGCGUCUUGAACAUCACUGGUGAUCCUGGGGGACCGUCCAACGCCAACUACAGCCUGAAUUUCACUUAUAUUUGGACGUCCGAAAAUUACAUUUGUCCACUUGUGCUGAUGAAUCACACUUACAGCUGUGUCUGUAAAGUCCUGAAGCAAUAUGGAUUUAAUAGUCUCUAUAAUUAUACCAUAGAAGUUUGUAAUCAAUCUGGCUGUCAAUCUCUAACAAAGGGUUUUGUGCCAUUACAGAACAUUCAGCUGACGUCCCCGUAUGAUGUUAAGGCCCAACCGACACCAGAGCAUUUCAACAUCACUUGGGCAAGUGGGUAUGAAACUGAGAUGUACAUCGGUAAAUACCUGGACUACGAACUCUUAAUUCAAAAAUCUCAAAGCAGUUGGAGCCAAACUCUCAAAUCAAGACUGCAGUUUGAAUCCAUCCCAAGAUCACAACUUGAUGCAGAUGCUACAUAUUGCAUUAAAGUGAGAUCAAAACCUCUAGAAGAUUUAGGUUAUAAAGGAUUUUGGAGUAAAUGGAGUACAACGACCUGCUGGAAAACUGAAGCACGAGCAGAACAAGGAAGUCUAUUAGUCAUUUUGACCAGAUCUUUGGGCCCAGUGUGUUUGGUUGUUGGAGCUCUGCUGUUUGUAUUCUACAGUCCAACUGCGAGGAUGAAGAUAAAAACUCUGUCCCACACACCAUCACCAGCCCCUUUCUUUCAACCUCUCUUUCAACAUCAUGAAGGCAAUCUGCAGGAAUGGUUUUCACCUCAAGGCAAAUUUGCAUUAACAUACAAAACUGAGGAGAACAUGAUUACCAACGCUGUGGUUGUUGUGCCGAAACCCAUCACCAAGGAUCCAGAAGAGGACCAGGACUCCCACAACCCUUCAGCACCAAAACUGGCAUUCAGUCAGUGUCAAAGCUCAUAUGUUGGAUUACCUGAGACACAUGAGACUUUGAAUCCUAUGACUAUGGUCUGCCCAGGGAACACUUCUUACACUCAGCUCCCUUGCUCUGUCUGGGGCUUAGGUAAUGGAGAAGUACAAGUUUUUCCCUCUCCACCUCAAACUUUCUUAGAGAUUAGCCGUACCGACUCUGGUUGCAGUUGUGAGGACCUGACCCAAAGCCUAGAGUGCAGUUUACCCAACAGUCCUGUUAAUGAGAGUUCACCACCAUGUUUCAGUACUGAUUACUGCAUUCUCAACAAAACAGCAGAAGGUGUUGUUCCUGUUUUAGUGACCAAAUGAAGAACCCAAAUGUUCCAUCUGAUUCCCAGCGAGAGGAUGAGAGCUAAGAAUAAGAAACGAUCCUGUCAGUUGGUUUGGAGAAAGAGAAAUUCACCAGACUGAUGACACUGAUCACAAUGGCUGUAUAUUUGCAUCUUAAAAAGCACCUGGUGACAAACUUAGCUACUUUCCGUAAAAGAGAGUCACCUGUAUUCCCCUCCGCAGGCACACCUGUCUAUGCUGACCACAAGGCAGUGCAUGUGAAUGAGCUUGUAACUUUCUCUCUGACUGAGCAUUUCACAAGAGAAAGCUGCCCAAAUCACAGCACAGCUGUUGUCUAUAACUUAUAUAUAUAUAUAUAUGGUGAUUUUUAUAGAUAAUGUUGUGGUUAUAAAAUCAGGAUUUUAGCGGCAGAGCAGCAGCUUGGAAAUGGCUUGGAAGUGACUGUUGUUAAGAUUCAGGCUUAAUGCUCAGUCACUGUUUCAAAGCUGUUCUUAUGUCUGACAACAGAAACAGAAAAACAUGUAAAUGAUAGCAGCUUUAUUGGGAAUUUAUCUGUAUUAAAAUACUAUUUUGUUUGCUCUUGUUCAAACAUCAUGUGUGUUUUAUGUUGCCUCCAGCUUUUAAUGAAGAAGAGAGCAACCUUGCUUCUUUUCUUUUUUUUUGCUUUUUUUAAUUUGCUUGAGAGAAAUGCUUUAGUUAUUUGCUGGGCCAUCAUCCAUCUUUCAAUUGUUCAAUUGCUGGUAUUGAUCAAGGGUGCGGUGGAAACUACAGGGUUAUUGAGAGGCCAACUGCUCCUAAAAUAAACAGGAUGUAGCAGAUGCUCAUGAUGUAUAGUAUUUCCCUAAGGUGAUCAAUAAAGUUUAAUUCCAAUAUUCCAA